AUGACAGCGGAAGCGGCAGUAGAACCAAUCCAAGUCUCUCUCUACGGCUCAACACAAUCUGUCACGGCCAGCAUCUACGAAUACCGCGACGUCCAUGGCCGCCUAUAUCAAGCAUCCAAAACAACAGAGUACAUCUUCCCUGUAGACGAACAACACCUCCAAGGCUACGACCUAGCCCACGAAUACAUGCUCAUCCUCUUCUCCAACAAAUUUCACCUCGCACCCAUCUCCAACCCGCAAACCAUCCUCGACAUCGGCACCGGCACCGGCAACUGGGCCAUCGACAUGGCUACCGAGAUUCCCUCGGCAUCCGUAAUCGGCACCGACAUCUCCGCCGUACAACCCACCUUUGCGCCGCCCAACGUGUCCUUCCAGAUCGACGACGCCCAGCUCGACUGGACAUUUGAACCUAACCACUUUGACUUUAUCCACUGCCGCUUCCUCUACGGCGGCAUCGACGACUGGGCCAAACUCUACCGACAGGCUUACACGCACUUGAAACCAGGCGGCUGGUUCCAAAACGUUGAAAUCGACAUUGAGACCUUAUCGGAGAACCCCAAAGUCCAGAAUGAUCAGAACCACGUCUUCAAAACAUGGUGUCAACUCUUUUGGGCUGUGGGGGACAAGACGGGUCGGACCAUGCGGAUUGGUAGGGAUGGAACGAUGGAACGGUUGAUGAAGGAGCAAGGGUUUACAGAGGUGGUGCACAAGAGCUACAAGGUGCCGAUUGGGGCGUGGGCGAAGGACAGGAAGCUGAAGCAGGUGGGGUUGCUGAAUUGGCAUUAUAUUGAUCAGAGCUUGGAUGGGUUUGCGGUGUAUCCGAUGGGACAAGUGUUGGGAUGGAGCAGGGAGGAGGUGGGUGAGUUGGUGGAUAGGAUGAGGAGAGCGAUUAGAGACGUGAGGAGUCUGAGUUAUUAUACGGUGAAGGUGGUUUAUGGGAGGAAACCGGAGGCGGGGCAGUAA